AUGGGCGCAUUGAACCUCAUUCCACUUGUGAUCCUCUUCGCAGUCGUCGGAGGCUUAGGAUGGGUCGGCUACCAGAUCUUCCUCUACUCCAACGAGCUCGCCGAGCGCGGCGUCAAGAAGAUGGAAAAGAAGAACGUCGUCUUCACGAAAGACGGCGCAAAGGUCGGGGUCAAGGAAGUCAGCACAGAGUCGUAUACAGAUAAGACACAACGCGCCUUUGUCAAAACGUGGAACGCGGCGCAGGAAGGGGGAUCUCCAGCCACCGUCUAUGCUUUCUACUCGGUUGUUUACAAUCUUUUCUUCCAUCCUCUUAAACACAUCCCAGGUCCCUUUAUUGCACGCGCGUGCGGUAUUCCUUACGCCCAACAUAUGCGUGAUGGUAGUAUGGUCAGAUGGGUAAAAGCGUCCCACGACAAAUACGGCGAUGCAGUUCGUUUGGCGCCAAGUGAAGUCAGCUUCAUCUCGGGAGAGACUGCGUGGCAAGACAUCUACGGCUUCCGCACAAGCAAGAACAAGAGCACUGGACAUUACUUCAAGGAUAAGAAAUGGUUCAUCCAAGCUGCUAACGGUGUCGAUUCAGUUCUCAUAGCAGAUGAAGCGGGGCAUUCGCGAAUGCGACGUAACCUCUCCCAUGCUUUCAGUGACAAAGCCCUGCGAGGACAAGAGAGUAUCAUUCAAUCUUAUGUGGAUCUUCUCGUCCAGCGUAUAGGCGAACACGCCGCUGAAAACAAAGAUAUGGACAUCAUGACAUGGUACAACUAUGCAACCUUUGAUAUCAUAUCCGAUCUCACCUUCGGCGAACCGCUCUACUGCCUGCGCGAUUCCGUCAAACACAACUGGGUUUCCAUCACCUUCAAGGCCAUAAUGGUUACUUGUUUUCAUGCUGCUCGGAACAAACAUUUCGUCUUCGCGUACGCCGACGCCUUACGCAGUCUUUUCCAAGACAACUCAAGUCCUACGCGUGCACGACUCGAGUUCUUCCAGCGCGCUCACAACCAAGUGAGCAAGCGACUAGCGAAGAUUGAUCGUGAGAAAGAAGGAGAAAGAGCAGACUUCUUCACCCAUAUAGUGAACAACCAAGAAAAGGAAGCAACGAGAUUGACCAGAGACGAAAUGGACAGCAAUGCAGUCGCAUUCCUAAUUGCAGGUAGCGAAACUACUGCUACAACCUUAUCGGGAGCUACCUACCUUCUCCUCCGCAACCCCUCCGCGUACACUAAACUCGCCGCUGAAAUCCGUUCUCAAUUCUCCUCCACCGACCAAAUCAAUAUAGAGAAGGUUAACAAAUUGGAAUACCUCAUUGCCGUCUUCCAGGAAACCUUACGAUACUACCCACCCGUUCCCACAGGCUUUCCUCGCAUUGUACCAGCGGGCGGCGACCAUAUCUCAGGCCACUAUAUUCCUGGCGGCACCUCGGUAUACUGUUCCCAACACGCCAUGAACCAUUCUGAGCGCAAUUACAAGGAUCCGGAGCUCUUCGUUCCCGAACGCUGGUUGGGCGAGGAACGGUACAAGGAUGAUAAGAGAUCGGCGUUGAACCCGUUUAGCUUUGGGCCAAGGAACUGUUUGGGCAAGAAUCUGGCGUACGCGGAAAUGCGUCUUAUCCUCGCUAAAGUAAUCUUCGCUUUCGACCUCGAACUCGUAGAGAAAGAGAGGGAUUGGGUGGGUGAGCAGAAGGUUUUCACGCUAUGGGACAAAAGGGCGGGCGAGGCCAGCGGCAUGUCUGAAUACGACCGCAAGCUGAAAAACUUCUUGCUGGGAAACAAUGACGAGCCGGAUGACAGGAUUGCCAGGCAAGGAGUACCCAGUCAUCGCGCGCAAUAUCGUGGUCAGGAUCUCUGGAAGAGGUACUUCAACCAUCCCAGUGUCAAACAAGCCAAAAGGGUUCAGCAGGCUACAAAAUCUUUCAGCUACGAAGGCCUGAGUCUCAAGGAAAACGGCCGUCCGAUUCGGCUCUUACGUAUCCAUCCACAGCGCGUGGAGAAUUUUGACGAAACCGUGGUAUGCGACCUAUACGUUGUGGACUUGAAUCAGGUGAAGAACAGAUUUGAAGCUCUAUCGUACUGUUGGGGCGAUAGCCAAGCUGAUCAGAUUAUCUCGAUUCAUCGCGUUGCGGUUGACGAGGUAGGCCGACUUCAAUGUGGACCAGCCCAGGACUUCCCUGUCCGAUCCAAUCUACACCAAGCUUUGAAACACCUACGCCAUACUACGCGAUUCGUCAGUCUUUGGGUGGACGCCAUAUGCAUAGAUCAGCGCGAUCGUCCACAUGCAACUGCCGAGAAGAACAGGCAAUUGUCCAUGAUGAGUGAGAUCUAUAACUCCGCUAAGAAUGUAUGCAUAUGGCUUGGAGAUCCCGACGAGCAAUCAAGCAAAGCCCUCAGUUUCGUUCACAAGAUCAGCAAUUUCGAGCAGCUCGAAGCAUGCCUUCGUAUUGUGGACGAAGCCACAAUAAGCCACUGGAGGAACCUUGUCGAAACCCUGAAGGAAACACAAUGGUUCAGUCGUCGUUGGAUAAUCCAAGAAAUUGCAUCAGCAAGAAGCGCUUCAGUUCAUUGCGGGCACAACGUAGUGCAUUGGGAUGAUCUCGCAGUCGCUAUAUCGAUCUUAGAGGAGAACCAAGCAAUGAUGGAGCGCACCUUCAACCCAAAGCCGGUAUUUGCACAGAUAUCGACUUUGAGCGCAACUCAGCUGGUCAAGUCACUGACGCACGUCUACCGAAAGUUUUCUACAGGAGAGAUUGCUGAAAGGCUCCUUGAUCUUGAGACACUUGUCUGCACGUUCCAGCAAUCUCAAGCCAGGUUUCCCGAGGACGUUAUCCAUUCAGUGCGGGCACUCGCAUACGACUCACCUGGGUUAGAAGACUUUGAUUUCAGUGCAAACAACGAGAAGGGCACGCCAGAUCUGUUCAUGGCAUUCGUGCAUCGUUGCAUUGAGAAGUCAGGAUCCCGAGAUAUCAUCUGUCGGCAUUGGGCUCCACUAGUGACUGACACUUCACGCGAAAGAGUUCAACUACCUUCUUGGAUAUCAGACCUUACCAAUGCUCCAUUUGGCUUGCCGGGCACGUCUCACGAGAGACAAAAUGGCGAAAAUUUCGUUGCUGUUUCUCCACAUCGAAGAUGGAAGCAGUAUAAUGCUUCGGGAAAUUGGAAGCCUGAGCAGGACGAACGUCUCAGUCAGAAGGUUCCCCAAACACGAGUUCCAAUCACACAGGAUCGGUGGUCAACCGGCAAUGUUCCAAUGCCUAGUAUCUCUGCUAAGGUCAAUGGCGUACGUACGCGCGAAGACCACAGCUCUCAAUCCUCGCCAACAGCGAGAUUCCAGAGUCGACCAAACGUCAGCAUGCCGGAUGAGCUCUCAUUGCGUAAUGCUAUCCAAGAGCCUCGCCCCAAAUCGACUGACAGUCUUAGCUUCACGUCUACAAACGAGGAAACCCCGCCAGAUCCAGUUUCUCCAAUAAAGGGCCAUAGGCGUUCUAUUACCGCGCCUUCAAACUGGGAUCCAAUUCUCUCAGCUUUUACCAAGCCCAAUGGUCUCAGAACUAUCAGAGAAUUGGCUGAUCCCUCACGUUCACCUAACAGGCAGGCCUCGAGAUCUUUACAAGGACUUUACAUACAAGAAGGCAAAGAACAAGUACAUCAUACGGGACACGCUGGGUACCUCAGUGUCCCAGGAUUCGUCUUAGGUACUGUUGAGAAACGAUCUGAUAUAAUGCGAGAGGGUGUCAUACCGGGCGACUGGAUAGCGGAACUGAGAGAGGACAAGAGGAAUGUUGUCCCCGAUCGCUUGUGGCGGACACUGGUUGCCGACCGGACUGAAAAUGGAAAUAAUCUCCCGGAAUGGUACAAAAGAGCUUGUCUUCAUUGCCUUGAAGACUCACGCUUCGUUAAUAGCCAAGGUGAUCUGAACACCAAUAGGUCACUUUCGGAUACUCCGCUCGACACCAUGACCUCGAAAUAUCUCAAGAGGGCCAAGAGUGUUGUCUGGAGGCGCCGCUUCAUGCGAUUGAGAUUGGAUCUAGCCUAUGGGAACGAUCGGGUUUACGGACUAGCCCCCGAAAAGUGCAAGAAAGAUGACAUUGUAUGCAUCAUCGGUGGUUGUUCGGUACCUGUAGUUCUCAGAAAGGUUGAAGAUUUGGAGAUGUGUGCUUCGACUGAGUCCGCUAACAUAUUUACACUAAUUGGGGAAGCCACUCAAUGCCACACAAACUCCUGCCGGCUACGUCUACAAGGUCUCAUCGUUGGAGCGGCGAAUUACACAGUCUCGGCGGAGGCGACGGUGGACCUAGCAGCUGAAGGCAUAGACUGUCUGGACAGAUCGUCGACGGGCUGGUCAUAG